AUUGUGCUCUGCAGUGUCGAGAGCGAGCUCACGCCGGGCCACUACGCCUACCCGUUCCAGUACCGAAUGCCCGCCGGCCUUCCGGGCAGCUACGACAAUGAGAACGACCAAGACGUCCAGGCCAUCAUCGAGUAUGGCAUCGAAGGCGCGCUGUGUGUCCGAGGCGUCCUCGCACAAGACGCUUCCGACCGGCACGCGUUCACCCUGUAUGCAGUCCCGUCACUGAGCGAGUCGCCGAGCGUGGCCGAGAAGGUGCAGAUGCUGCGCUCCUUUUGCUGCCUGCGCCACGGUCAGUGCACGCUGCGCGUCGCGCUCGACAAGUGCGCGUACGGCCUCGGCCAAGUGCCCAUUGUCCAAUGCGACGUCAAGAACUCGUCGACCAAAGACAUGCGCGCCAUGCGGUUCGAGCUGGUCCGCGUCGUCGAGGUGUUCGCACGCGGCCGCAUUCGGUCGCUGCAAACUGUACUCUGCGACCAACUCUUCUCGGGCGUCCCCGCGGGCCGCGUGCUCUCCCAGCCGCAGCCCUUUUGCCUGAACGGUCGCGGUCUCUACCCUAGCACGAGCGGCAACUUUGUGUCGUGCAGCUACUACAUAGAAGUGGACUUUGACAUUCCGACGUGCCCGAUUGUCGAACUUCGCUUGCCACUGACGAUUGGUGCGCCGGUUCUUGACGACGCCUUCUCGUCGCUACCGCCUGUAUAA